AUGGCUCAGCAUUUUAUGUAUCUUCCUCAGACUUCUCCGUCGAUUAACUUCGCCGAGGUACUGUAUUCAGCAUUGUUCUUAAUCCAAGGAAAGCGAAGAAGAUCAUCAAAAAACGGCAGUGAUCAAGAGAAGCGAUCUAGUAGUAGUGAGCCUGUAGAUUCGAAGCCUAAGAGUUACAGCAAGAGUGAAAUCGCAGCACACAACAAAAGAGACGAUUGUUGGGUCAUAAUCAAGGACAAGGUUUAUGAUAUCACUUCUUAUGUCGAAGAACAUCCUGGUGGUGACGCCAUUCUAGAUCACGCUGGUGAUGAUUCCACUGAUGGUUUUUUCGGACCGCAACACGCCACUCGUGUUUUUGACAUGAUCGACGAUUUCUACAUCGGUGAACUUCGCAAGUAA